GGCGGUGUUGUUGUCUGGCCGCGCGGGAAGCGGAGGGAGGCGCGAGCGGGAGAGCCGCGGUCGGGGUGAGGGGAGCGGGGCCCUGUCCCGGCCUGGGCCCUGGGGCCGCGCUUGGGGGCGGCUGCGGACGCUGAGCCCGGCGGAGGCGGGAGAGGAGCCGCCCGCAGCGAUGGCGCAGAAGAGGCGCAGUAAGGGGCCGGGCCCCGCCCAGGGGGAAGCCGCGGACGAGGACUCUGCGCCGACCCAGGGCGCCAGCCAGGUGCAGCGGAGCUUGGAGAGACUCUCGCCGGCCCAGGUGGAUCAGAAGGUGAGCGAAUUGGUGCAAUACCUGCUGGUCAAGGAUCAGAAGAAAAUCCCCAUCAAACGGGCAGAUAUCCUGAAGAAUGUCAUCAAAGACUACAAAAGCGUCUAUUCUGAGAUCAUUAAGAGAGCCGGCAGGAACCUCCAGCAGGUUUUUGGGAUGCAGCUGGUGGAGAUAGAUGCCAAGAAUCACAUCUACAUCCUGGUCAGCAACCUUCCACGCCUGGAACGGGAGAACUUGAAACAGGAUGAUUGCACAGCAAAGCUAGGCCUCCUCACUGUCAUCCUCAGCUUCCUCUUCAUGAAGGGCAAUGCUGCCAAAGAAUCUGCUGUGUGGGAGAUGUUGAGGAGACUGCGAGUUGACCCUGGAGUGAGACACGAGGUUUUUGGGGAUGUCAAGAAGUUGGUGACUGAGGAAUUUGUCCGCCAGAAGUACCUGGAAUACAACCGCAUACCCCACACAGAUCCACCGGAGUUUGAAUUCCAGUGGGGGGCACGGGCUGCCAGGGAGACCUCCAAGAUGCAGAUCCUGCGCUUUGUCGCCAAGAUCCAGAGCAAGGACCCCAAGGCCUGGAGCACCCAGUACAAUGAGGCGGCAGCUGAGGAGGCAGCUGUGGGGGGCCUGUCCCAAGAUACUAGCACCCCUGGAGAUACUGGUGGGGCCAGCCAGGGGGCACGGAGGAGGAACUGGUGAACCUUAUCCACUUCAUCCACAGGUGGUCUGCCCGAUGGUGCCUUGUGAACCAGCAGACCCCAGGAGCAGGGGAGCUGUGGCCUCUGCCCAUGCUGAGCCUAGCAUCAAGCACCCAAGGGUCCACUGUGGCAGCUGCCUCUGCCCUCCUGAUCUCAGCCCACCUGCCUCAUUUAGGCAUGGCCUAUGGACAAAUGGGUUGUACAGUGCAGUUUGAUGUAUAUUGAUUAGCUCAGCUGCAGAGACCCCUCCUCACCUUUCUGGAGAGGGGCACGGGCAGCUUGUGGGAGCCCCUCCCUUCUGAGUUGCCAUGGAGUGGGUUUCCUCCACACACACAGGCUGGGUCAGAGCUGGGCACUGACAUGACCUCUGACCCUUGUGAUCCACCCAUGACGCUUUCAAAUAGUCCCCUUAGGGCAGUAUGCAAUUCUCUGCAGUGGGAUUUUAACUACAGGGGAUGAGUUUCUGGAGGCCAAAAGCACACUAAGCUCUUGCCUGCUGCCCAUGUGAAAGGGUGCUUGUUUGUGGGAGGGGGCCUAGAUGAGUGUUCCCAGGAAGAAGCUCCAGGCACACCUCCAGACACACCUUGUAAGAGGGUUGGAGUACAGCAAGCAGUGUGCUGUAGCAGCCGCCCUAAGCAGUGCUGGUUCUGGUGGCAGGUGAUGGUCCUGGGUAUGUUACCUGACAGCCAGGGCUGUGUCUGCAGCGGCUGCAUUCCUCCCUGCCUGCAGCUCCCCCCAGCGACAAUCAUGUAGCCUUGCUGCGCAGUUGCACUUGGGACAGCUCUCCCUGUGUCGCUGAGUGAUCACCUCAGGCAGCGUUGUGUACGCUCAGGAUGAAUCACCCCCUUGCCAAGUGAUCAGCUCAGGCUCUCUGCAGACCUAGGCAGCAUCACUCAUGCUCAGGGCAGCUCCCCCCCCUCACUGAACGAUUGGCUCAGGCUUGCUGCAGGCUAGAAACUGAAAGGCAAACUCCUGCAUUAAUGUGACUUCAGGAGCCAGGGCUUGAGGCCCCAGUCUAGCUCCACAAUCCCUGUGAGAACAGCGCUGACCCUGCAGCCACAAUCCCAUGGCUUUGAGGGGGGGUGUCCCUUUUGUGCCUCAGUUUCCUCUCCCCACCUAGCAGACUGUUUUCUAGGGUAGGGACUGUCUUUCAUUAGGGCUGUGUGACACCAAGCAUGCCAGGAGUCCUGGUCUCAGGCAUGGGGUGUCUGAUGGCCUCUUGAUCUCAGGUGGGGUGUCAGGUGCACCCCCAGUUUAUAAUCUAGGGUUCCCAGGGAUGUUAAUGGGGUUAGCACAGAUGCCACACAAGGUUUUAUGGCAGUGCAGUGAGAGGGAGUGCAGUGAGGGUGUUUAACUGCUGGCAGGAAGGGGCAUAGCUUGGAUAAGCAGGGGUCGGGGGGGGGGGGUGGGGGAUGUCUUUACCUGCACCCCAAGCUGUGAGGAAGGUGCCAGGCCAAGAUCUAAGUGGGGCCAUUUGGUGGACUCCUGGAUAGCCAGAGGGUAGGUCCGGUAGCAAGAUCGUUUGAAAGACAAAGAACCAUCAUUGAACUGGGAGGUUUGGUCUUAACUGGAUGGACUGCUGAAAGUUUGGGGGUGAGAGAUACCUUUGUCUUUCAAAUCCUAUUUAGCUUGGUAAUACUUUUGUAACCAGUUCACUUAUUACUUGUCACUUAACAGCUAUUGUUCUCUGGUUAAUAAACUUGUUUUAAUGGUUUCAUUAAAA